UUUUUUCCACCAGCAUGACCCUCCAGGCUGACUUCAAUAAUGCAGCAGAAAGUGUUAAAAAAUUAAAGACCAGGCCAACAGAUGAUGAACUGAAGGAAUUGUAUGGGCUCUACAAACAGUCUACUGUGGGAGAUAUUAAUACUGAGUGUCCUGGAAUGCUGGAUUUAAAAGGCAAAGCCAAAUGGGAAGCGUGGAAUCAUAAGAAAGGUUUGUCAAAGGAAGAUGCCAUGAAUGCUUAUAUUUCCAAAGCAAAUGAGAUGAUUAAGAAAUAUGGAAUUUAGAAUUAGACUAAUUCGAAGAUGACAGCAUUACUAAUUUCUAGUUCAGCAUGAAACUUUACCAGGCAUGAGUUAUUUAACUGUGCCCAUUAUGGGACUGACUGCCUUCAUUUAUAAUAAAUUUUUUACUUAGGAA